CUUCAUUUCCUCCGCCGUAAAGUACACUCUCAACGCUCCCCUCUUUUUCUAUUUCUCUGUAAAUUUUCAGCUAUGAGCUCCUCCGAUUCUCUCAAAUCCACCCCUCUGAAACCGAAAGCUUGUCUCAGUCUAACCUCGAAAUCGCCCGUUUCCAAAACCCCAGAAAAGCACUCCUCCCAGCUCCCCAACCGUGCUCGUAACCGUGGGGUCGCCCUCUCCAUCAAGGAGAUCCGGCAAGUGGCUCAGAGCCGGCCUAAACCUCCGACCGACCAGACCAAAUCGGCCCGAAAACAGAUUUUAUCCUGGCCCAACGAAUCUCCUCCACGCAAAACCUCCGGUGGCCGUCCUGAUAAACUCCCAGAAAAGUACGAGAUGUUGUGCGAAUUUUUCAAUAGCUUAGAUUCUGCAAUCCGGCUACUGAGAUCGAAGGGGUCAAUGCCAACUUUUACUAAUAUCAGCCCCAAAAUAGAGUGCUUAACUGAUAGGAGGUUUACAUACCGUCACUUGGCCCAAUUGAAGCAUGUUUUGCCAGAGGCGAUUGAGAUAAAGAGGAUGCUUGUCUUCGAUGAGAAGACUAGUUGUAUGAAACCAGAUCUCCAUGUUAGCAUCAUUAUGGAUGCGAUUGACUGUGGGGAUAACUCCAAAUCUGAGACUAAGAAUAUGAAGUUAAGGAAGGUUUUUCGAGAUCGGCUUGCAGACUAUAUCAAGGCUCAUCCUGAGGGUGAUGAAAUUCCAGAAGAGGAUCUCCCAGAGCCAUUCAAUCGGUCAAAGAAGAAUAUACAAAAGAACAUGAUCAAAGGACCUAUUUCAUUGUCAUCUGAUGCGUCAUUAACUGAUACAAUCAUGGAGCAACAAUCUGUGGCUGCGAACGAUGAAGUUGUUCAAGAGGAAGCACAGCCACAGCCAUCGAAUCACACAAAACCCAAUUCAAAACUAGCUUUGGAGACUUUAACUGGUUUAGUUAAUGAUCUGCAGCCUGUGGUAGCAUCACAUGUAUCUCGGUCGUUUAGAAAGCACUUCUCCCUGAAAACCACAAGCAAAGUUCAAGAAGCUGUCCAAAAAUGUUCAAAUUUUCAAGGUCCGGAGAUAUGUGCUGACAGAUCUGCCUCCAGUGAUGAAACUACCUUUGCUCCAACUCCUUCCCCAACUAAAUUUAUAUCUAAACCAACUACCAGCAAGACACAUCCUAAAAAUUGCCUCCCUGCAACUCCAGUCAAAGAGUUUAAUCCAUUUAAAACAGAAGAUGAGUCCCCGAUAAAAGCUGGCUGUAUUCAGUCCACUCCUGUGAAACUUGCUUCAACUCCUGCUAGGCUGAUGACUGCCACACCUACCUUACAACCGCAGAAGAGAUGUUACAUGAGCCCAGAUGAAGUUUCUGCUACUUCAUCAAACAAGUUGGUACGCCGACCACCACGUACCAGGUCCUUGAAAUUUGACACUCCUAUGAAGGAAGAGAUGGAUGUUGAUGACACGCAAGAGAUGGCAGGCAAACCAGUUGAUAAUAACAAAGAUGAUAUUCUUUCCAUUUUGCCUGAAAGCCUUCGACAUUCAAUAAGGGAGAAAGAGAGGAAAGCGUUGGAGGAGCAAGAUCCAGCAAUCUCACAAGCAAAGCAACGGCAACGAAUGAUUGCUUGCCUACCUAAGCUCUUCAACAUGAUUCACUACCUAUUCCAGUCCAUAAAGCGCUCUGUUAUUACUAAAGAGGAGCUUAUGCACAAAAUAAUUGCUGGCCAUUGUGAUAUUGUUGAUAGAGGAGAAGUGGAAGAGCAGUUAAAACUGUUACAAGAGCUAGCUCCAGAAUGGAUAUAUGAAAAGAUGGCCUCUGCUGGGGAUUUACUUGUUUGCAUCAAUAAAGUAUCAAGUCCUGAGUCAAUACGAAUGCGUAUCCAGGAGGCAAAAUGAGUGGAGAAUCAGUGCUCUGUUUCAUUAAAUUAUUCAUAUUGACAACUGGAGGUUGAAGUUCCUGUCUAGGUUUUUAGCUUUUUGUACACUAGUUAUUUGUAUGUAUUACCGUAUUUAUAUUUGUAGAAAGAUCGAAAGAAGCUACAAUUGACUUUGAUCCACCAUGUUUAUAACCAAAUUUAUCCAUUUCCUUUUUAAUAUAAAAAUAUUUAAAAAUAAUGAAUGAUAUAAAAUA